AUGCCACUGGACACUAUACUAUGUCUGGAUACGUCUGGGAGUAUGGCUGGAAGAGGUAUGCGAGAGCUCAAAAAGGCCGUGGUCACUUUCUUGGAAGGCGUGGAAGAAACGGCUAAAGAGUGUGAUAUUAAAGAAAAUGUUGCCGUCGUCGAAUUUGGGAAAAACGAAAGAAUCGUACAGGAGCUAACAAAUGAUUACAACAAAGUGAAGAGAGCCGCAAACGGUUUAACAGCUGGAGGACGAACACCAAUGUUUUCUGGUCUCAUGAAAUGUAUGGAAGAAAUUCUAGAACACGGCGGUGUUGUGAAAGUGGCUGGUAAGCCUUUGACGCCACGUAUAAUUCUUAUGACUGAUGGCGCACCGACUGGCGAGAAAGGAGAAGGCGAGGCAAAGAUGGAAGUUUUAAAAGCAGCUGCAGCAUUCGGACCAGGGUGGAAAGAAGUAGGACUGCCACAUCCGAUACCAAUCGCGUGUGUGGGAUGCGGCGAUUGCGACCCCGAACUUUUGCAAGCAAUCGCCAAGUUAACAAAUGGUAUGUUUGUGGUGGUUGAUAACGUCGAAGAACUCAGUGGAUUCUUCAAGCGUCAGGUGUUACUCAUUCGGUUUGCCACGAAAUUCGGUGAUGAUUUGAAGAGUCUUCGAUCUUUACUCAUGCUGCGUCAGUUCAUGACAAGUCUCGGUGAAGCUGUUGAUGAGGAUGAAGGAAAAGCCAUGCUGGCAAUGUUACUGUUGAUGAUGGGUCUCGAAGAUGACGACGAGCAGGGAAGCAAGGAGAUAGAUAGUCUUCCGACUCUAGGCAGUAGAGUAAGAAGAGGAAAAGACUGGAAAUGGAAAGACCAGGACAAGCACGGUGUUGGUACCGUAGUAGAACACAUUUCACCAGGGGUUCUUAGAGUGCAGUGGGACCAUGGAGAUGGUAAUCAAUACAGGUAUGGUGCGGAGGGAUCUCGUGAUGUAAAGGUUGUUGAUGAGCCUCGUAUAAUACAACCCGGAGAUGACAUCAAGGUCGGGGUCAGAGUUCAAAGAGGGAAAGAUUGGAAAUGGGAUGACCAAGAUGGCGGCUCAGGUAAUACUGGCGUUGUAUAUAAAGUACACAGUGGCGCAACCAAAGGUCUGGUGCAGGUUAGGUGGUCAAAUGGUGUAAAAGCGGACUAUCGUCAUGGCCGAGACAAUUGUUAUGAUUUGAAGAUACUAGGUGAUGGAAAUAUAGUAGGUAGAGUUGAAAAAUCUGUCUCAUCUAUCGACGCAGCUGGGCCGACAGAAAUUGUUGAAAUAGGCGACGAUGAUGAUAUUACAAUAUCCACAGUUUUGCCAAAGACAACACCAACAGCAACGACAACCGUACGACGUGAACCAGAGAUAACAUAUGCACAGGUGAUGCCAAUUACAGAGACUGUGAUGGCAUGGCGCUGGAAAGACAACCAUCAACAAUGGAGGCUAUUUGAUGAGCCAUAUGGUCCACAAGUGGAGGAAAGCUACAAUAAGAAUCCCAAAGGAUGUACGUCGAUCAAAAUUGGGGAUUAUACUUAUAACUUCGAUUUUUCUGCAAUGACACAAGUGAACCAGUCAACAAAAAGAUCACGUCCUAUCAGGAGAGAAGGCCUUGACAGAGAAGAAUAUGAUUUAUUACUUGCACUUGAGCGUUCACUUUCUUUAUCUUGA